ACUCGAGAGCUUCCCCUAUCAAUGCUCUGUCGAAGCUGAAAUUACCCUGAAUCAUGAAUCUUGUUUGUACAUCCAGCUCUCACUCUCUCUACCUCUCUAGCCAAUGAAAUUCGAAAAUUCCGUCAUUUCUGAAACCGAAUACCUCGACUUCUUUGAGCAGGGGCUCGUCAAGCCUUGGAGAGUCAUAUUCAAGGUCUAGAUUCGGGAAUAGGCCAAACGUUUAAGCAUCCAAAGACAUGGACGGCCUUCAAAGAUUGUGCAUUGUCCUUUGCUUGACCUCCUUUGGUGGCUUCCUGCUCACACUAGUGCCCUUAUACUACUGUGCAAUUCUAAUGGGCUGGCAUUUCUUGGAUCAUCUGGAAUUCAUCACCCGUCUGUUUCCCAUCGUGCCAUAUUUUGUCUUUACCACUUGUCUCGUAAGCUUGGUUGUGUCCAUCUAUGGAUGCGCAGUAGCCACCAGUUACAACAAGAUCCACUUGGCCAUCUAUUCUGGACUCAGCUUGGGCAUGUUCGGGUUUCAUUGCGCGUGGAUCUAUUUGGCAGUGGAGCUUCGGAUCUUCAUCGAGAGUCAGAGCUUUAGCUCGGUGGACAUUUUCGGAUUCGUUUCACGUUACGUUUGGGAUGAGAGUGCUCGGAAUGCUUGGGAUAUCCUUCAGGCGAAUCAUCAUUGUUGUGGGGGAUUUGGGGAGGUCAAUGGAUACAAGGUGUGGAAAGAUGUUCCCAUGAUGAACAACUCCGUUCCGGAUUCGUGCUGUCAAACUCCAAUGCCAGGAUGUGGAAAGAACCUAUUCGCUUUAUUCAUCAAGCAGGCCAUCUACAAAAUCACGGUCCGAGGCUGUAUGGGGGUGUUGGAGCAAGAUAUGCUAUCCAAUGUCUCGCCCAUCCUCCAGACUUGCAGUCUGGCAGGCGGCAUGAUAGCCUUGCUCCAUAUGAUUUGCGUAGCUAUCAGCGCCUCAGCCGCGGUCGAGGUAGACCGAACGGCCGACUACUACCCAGAAGAACCGUACCCCUUGGCAUCACCGCAUCUUGGGCACGACUACGGCGACUCAAAGCGAGAAAGACUGGGACGACCCCUCACUCAAACCAGCUCCACUAUCACCCUUUAA